CGUAACCACCCAAAAAGGCGGGUGUUACUCCUACGUAGCUGGUUGGAAUAAAAACAGUUACGCGCUGUUUGUAGGUUUCGUUUUGCAGUCAAGACGCUGUCCUGAGAAAAGGGGAGAUCAUAUUGAGACUUAACACAACACCGUACGGAUCAUCAUGGACUGCUGUGGCCUCGUUUGCAAAUACAUAAUCUUCAUCUUCAACUUCAUCUUUGCGGUGCUGGGCUUUGCCUUUCUGGGUCUGGGCCUGUGGUUGAGAUUCAGCAACAGCACCGGUGGCAUCUUUGCAUUAAGCGCUCUCAACUCCAGCACCUUUGUAAUUGGUGUGACUGUACUGAUCGUGCUUGGUACACUGAUGCUGAUCGUGGUCAUGUUCGGAGACUAUGGGGCCAGCAGUGAGAAAAAAUGUGCUCUUCAAGUGUUCUCUGUUCUCUUGUUCAUCCUGGCGCUCGCUGAAGUUGUUGUUGGAGUACUCGCUUACACCCAGAGGGACGAGGUUGGGGCGAGGGUUGCAGAGUUCUACAACAGCCUUUAUACUCUGUUUGCAACCACUGGAGAUGGGGGCCUGGGUCUCACGCUCAUGUUCAUUCAUGAGCUGCUUCAUUGCUGCGGCGUGACAGGGAUCCCGUUGUUGGAGUCAGUUGUAGCGACCUGCCCCAAACCAAGCGGGUUCUUGGAAAAGAUCGCCAUGCCUAGCUGUCCCGGGAUCAUCCUUGAGUUCUUCAACAAUAACGCAACAAUGGUGAUGGCCCUCUUCAUCGGAAUUGGAGCUCUUUUGAUAAUUGCUCUGAUUUGCAGCACUAUCCUCAAACAGAAGCUUGUGUCCAGCCCAUCUCCUCAGUACAUCGUGUUGACUAACUGCUCUCCAUCUCUGGCUAACAACCCAUCCCAGCAUGACUUUGUCGCCAGCUCGAGCCCUGACCAAGAACCAAUCAUCUUCACUCCUCUCACUGCAGCCAACAUCCCUGUUGUCCAGACUUAGCACCCCCCCACGUUACAUUUCUUCCAACAAUGACGAAUAGAAACCGGCUUUAUCUAAAAACACUCAUAAACACCAGAUUGGGCUUCUCCAAGAAUGACUGCUGCGUUCUACUUUUGGGGUAUUAUAACCAACUUAAAAGUACAAAUAUUUGUAAGACACAAAGGAAAGUAUGGCCAGCAAUGUAGCAAGGCACAGACUUUAUAUAAACUUUGCCAUACACUACAUUUUCCUUUUCAUCUUGGGACUGUUCCAAUAUUACCACACACAGUUCAGCAUUAAAAUAGCAAGAAAAGGGACUCAAAUCAAGCGGGUGUAAUGACUGAAAAUGUCAAAUGUCCAGCCUCCCAAUUAAAGUGUAAACAUUUUUGCUGUCAUGACUUCAUAACACCAGACAAGCAGGAUGCGCACGCGAUGGAUGGGUAAAAAAAGAAAAACAAAAUACGAAUUUUUGAAAUUGUGACUUGCGACCCCAAAUUUGGUCAUGGAUGUCUGCCAUACAUCACAAACAGGAAGUCAUGCUCUAUCCAUGAAUAUUGUCCACAAAAAACAUGUAGAUUUUCAUUCCAAAGCAUACAAUUGAAGAGAGGGCAAAGCAGCUUAUCCAAGAGUGCCAAGGAAAAAAGGACACAAACUGUGUCAGUGUGGGAAGAUAGAGGAGUGAGGAACUUCCUCUCUUCCUGCGGAAUGGGAGUCAGCACUCCCACUAUUUCAAGGUAGUCACCUGUGCCGUAGCGCGGACGAGCUGACCUGAGCAUAUUUAGCUAGUUCAAAGGAACCGAGAGGUGAAAAGUUCACACAAAAAUAAUUGGAUCAAAACAAAGUAAAAGUUGAUACAAUGGAAAUGCUGGAUUUUGCCAAUAUAAAGGUUUUGCGAGAUAACGCAAGGUUAUUGCUGUGUUACCUUGCAAAAAGUUUGAGAUGCUGCAAACACUGUAGUGCUGCUCCGGCGGUACCAGAGACCACCACCCCAACCCCCCACCCAUUGAAGUUGAAAUUUGUGAAAAAUACGGGAAAGAAGGGCGAACUACGGUAGUUUCCAGGCGAAAACGAGAUGGUUGACAGUCACGAAAUAUCUGUUCCUGUACCUCAUACAGCAUCUCAAAAAAAAAGAUAUCCAUGUUUCCAAUAAUAGAGCACAUUUGUAAAUAUGGACAUGUGCAACAAAAAGAUGACUUAAUUUUCUGGCUGUAAAAAAUGCUCAGUAGAUGUGGUUAAUUUUUCCAGUCACGACCCCUUGUGAUUUCGCCAGGCCUAAGUAGUCAUAGAACCAACCCCUACUCUCUCAACUUUCAUUCUGUCAUCUUGAAAUGCUUGACAAGACAUUUAACCUAAUAACCUUUUCAGCACCCCAACCCAAUAUGUUUUUUUUUUUGUUUGUUUUUUUUU